AUGGUUUCGUCUUCGAUGUGGCCUCCCCGCCUGCAGGGGGCGACAGGCAGACAGACAGACAGACAGACAGACGCGCAUCGGGAAGAAGAUCCGAGCAGGCGCGAGGAAGCGGACCCUGAGCGGACCACCUCGCUUCGCCUCCAGCCGGACUUUCGGCUUCUCGAUGACUGCGGAGCACCGUUGGGGUCAAAGGUUAUCAGCAUGGACAAGCGUCAGAAGAAGCCCAACAGUUUGUCAAGCCCAAACAGGUCGGAGGAGGCCGGCGGCGACGUGCCGCCCGACAGUGCCGCGCCUGCGUCGCGUGGCGCUCGUCCUCCCGGGCGGCAGCCGGCAGCGCAACUUCGCGACGCCGGCCAAACUUCGGAGAGCGCGUGUUCGCUGAAGGUGACCAUCCAGCAGGGCGGCGCCAGUCGAGAGUUCACGCAGGAGGAUGAGACGGAGGCCGAGCAGGGGGCGGGGCUCCGCUGUCACAUGUGCGGGGUCACGCGUCGCUCCCCGCAGCUCCGCCGCCGUCGCUGUGCGUCUGUGCAGGAAUUUGAGGAGCACAUGAGCGGCCCCGCCCACCUGGCCAAGCGCGAGGCCGUCACGCGCGCCAUCGGCGCCGCCGCGCACGCGCUCGCCGACAGACGGCGCCGCUGGUGCCGCACGUGUCAGACCGCCUUUGCCGGCCACGUCGUCAGCCACCGACAAAGCAAACAACACAAGGCGUGCAAGCGCGCGUCGAGGCCGUUCUGCGCGCCGUGCGGCCGCCACCUGAAGACGCCGCGCAAGUUCGUCGAGCACAUGAAGUCCGACGAGCACAGGCGGCAGUUGGGCGCGAAGGCGGCUCAGGAGGAGGAGCUCAUCACCGUGGACGCCGUCGGCUGUUUUGUGGAGGAGGCGGAGCCCGGGCGGGAAGAGGAGGCGGCCGCUUUGAACGACCACCAAGAUUAGGUCACAAAUAAUUUUGCAAAAUGCCUCGCAGCGGUCAGAACCGGGGUUCAAACCUGCACUUUCCUCCCACAUCUCAUGUGAUCGUGAGCGCGACCGCCCAGAGCGUGCCGCGAACCUCGUGAGGAUGAGCGUCUGGAUGAUAGAGUGAAUAUUGAUGGCUGUGUGAUAUUUCAGUUCUAUUUUAAUAAAUGUGCCAAAAUUUCAAGAA